UUCAAACCCAUACCCUUUUUAAUUCCCACUUUCUAUAAAAACCCUCAAACCGAGCCGUUUACACCGAACCGUUUAUGUCUCAUUCCUUUCCCUCUUCUUCUCUAUUUUCAAAACCCUAGCCCUAAAAAUUUCCCACAGAACUCAUCAAAAUGCUUGAAUUACGACUUGUUCAAGGAAGCCUUCUAAAGAAAGUGUUAGAUUCGAUUAAGGAUUUGGUUAAUGAUGCCAAUUUUGAUUGUUCAGCCACUGGUUUCUCUCUUCAAGCUAUGGAUUCAAGCCAUGUCGCACUUGUUGCGCUUCUUCUUCGCGCCGAGGGUUUUGAGCAUUACCGCUGUGAUAGGAAUAUUUCAAUGGGGAUGAAUCUCAACAAUAUGGCCAAAAUGUUGAAGUGUGCGGGAAAUGACGACAUUAUUACUAUUAAAGCCGAUGAUGGUAGCGAUACUGUCACUUUCAUGUUUGAAAGUCCUAACCAAGAUAAAAUAGCGGAUUUUGAGAUGAAGUUGAUGGACAUUGACAGUGAGCACUUAGGUAUUCCUGAGGCUGAAUACCAGGCCAUUGUGAGGAUGCCUUCAGCCGAAUUUGCCAGGAUAUGCAAAGAUUUGAGUAGUCUUGGUGACACUGUUGUAAUAUCUGUGACAAAAGAAGGUGUUAAGUUCUCUACUACAGGUGAUAUUGGUGCGGCAAACAUUGUCCUUAGACAGAACACGACAGUCGACAAGCCUGAAGAUUCUACAAUCAUUGAGAUGAACGAGCCUGUAUCACUCACCUUUGCACUACGGUACAUGAACUCUUUUACCAAGGCAACUCCUCUUUCAAACACGGUCACAAUCAGCUUGUCAUCGGAACUUCCUGUUGUAGUUGAAUACAAGGUUGCAGAGAUGGGUUACAUCCGGUUCUAUUUGGCUCCUAAGAUCGAGGAGGAUGAGAAUGAAUCAUAAUCCCAGGAUUUCAAGUCUCUUAUCUCUUUCUUCUAUUGUAACUCUAAUGUGUUUUCUGAACUUUUAGGUUGAUGUUUGAUUUUUUUUCCAGGAUUUCUUGUGCAAUAGUUAAAAAUCUGAAUGUUGAAGAAAAUUAGGUAUCUUUGAUGAGUGCAUAUUAUGUUAGGUCGAUAGAAUUGUCAACUUUUUCUUUAUGUUAAUUUAAUGCUGUUUAGGUCUC